AUAAAAUAAAUAAUAUGUUUAAUUAUAUUUAUUAUUUUUUUUUAUAGUGCUUUUUCUUGUAAAAUGUCUAAGCUAUUUUCUUUUGUUACCAGAAUUGUGAUAGAUGGCUCACAAAUAACGUAGUAGUCCGAGCUGCUUACAAAGGUUAUGUUUGCAUGGUUAUGCGUAUGUGAAAUAUAAAAGGUGCAACAUUUGAAUUACAUCUUAGGUGUGAUAUUGCGAAAGUAAUUUGUAUUUAAUUGUGUAUGAGUUUUAAUUUAAUAACAUUCGAGUGGUAGUAUGUUGUUAUUAAAAUAACUAUAGUAACAAAGAUCCUAAUGCUAACGAGAUUAUGGAAGUGAGAUGCAAGCAUUGUUGCAAACAGCUUUUUAAGGGAAAUUCUAUGUUGCUUAACGCACAUCAUAAAAUAAAACAGCAUCCGACGGACGUGGGAUGUAAAACAGAUGAAUACGAUUGCUGCUCGUACAUGACUGUGGAAAAAGUGCCAGAUUGGAUUUUGGGCAUCAUUGAACAAAAAUGCUGGACUAAGGGGAAACUAUAUUGUCCACAUUGCAACAGUCGUUUAGGAACUUUCAAUUUUGUAAAUGAUUUGAAGUGUUACUGCGAUGAGCAUGUAAGACCUCCUAUAAGAUUAGUUAAUAGUAAGUUAGACAUCUUAUAUGAAACUGUCAAACAAUAGCUAAUAUUAAUAAAAUGUGAUUUUCUAUAUUAAUUAUAAUUAAUAUAUAUUUGAAACUAUACAUGAAAUUAUAUA